AUGGCCGUGGGCCCUCGGGACAGCGAGGGAGGUGGGGCCCUGGGCGCCUCUGGGGGUCUCAGCUCAACGGCCCUUCCUCCCAGCUCCAUCACCAAGUGUCGGAGGCCUGAGCGGCCGCCGCGCGCUGGAGCCUUCGGUGGUCUGUCUCGGCGCCAGUGCGUCGUAGGUGGGGACUCCCCGCCAGAGUGUGGCAGCGGGGCCAGGCCGGACCGCCACCUGCCAGCACGCUGUCUGCUCCGGGGGGCUUGCAGAGAGGCGGUUGGCCAAGGUGAGGCGUCCCCUGGGGGCUCCGGGGAACGUGCUGGAGGAGGGGGUGCUGGGGGCCGGUGGGACCUGUGGGUGGACCGAGGAAUCCACUGGCUGAAAGACACGCCCCCAGAUGCCUGUAGCGGUUCCCGUCUCCAUGGACCGGCCCAGUCCCGGGCCUCCUGGAAGGUGCUGUCUGGCGUGAGGGCGGCUCUGAGGCCUGGCCAUCUUGACCCGGAGGCUGACCACCCCAGUCGAGGGCCUGUCCGGAGCAGGGCUAAUGGGCCCCUGGCACUUGCUGGGAGCAGCUCCCUGGAGAGAGGGGCCCAGGACACCGGCCUCGCAUUCACCUCUGUGGCAAAGGCAGUGAUCACCAGCCCGGCCCGGGUUGCCCCUGGCGGCUCCUUCCCUGGGCAGCUCCAGGCGCUUCGAGUCCUGAGUCUGGACGCUGGCACCUGCGGGGCCGGAGGAGGGGCCGGCUGUGUGGCCCCUGCACCCCACAGCCCACCGAAGCCCAGGAAGCACCGGCAUCUGGAGGACUUUGUGGUCCCCCAAGACGACCGGCCCCGGAACCGCGCCUGCAGCCGGGACCCAGCGCCUGUGCUGGCUGCAGGGUCUCGCUGUGCCUCGCCGCUGCACUCGGGGCCAACGCAGGGGCCCUGGCCCAUCCGGCCCCAUCCGGCCCCACCCCGGUAUCCGCACCAGCACCCCCUCUGUUCGCUUCCCAGGGCCAGCACCCAGGAGACGGUGGUGCCGCUCGGUCCUGCCGGGCUGUCCUGCUGGACGUGUCUCAGAUCUCGACCGCUGCCGGACCUUCUGCCUGGAGUCCUGGCCCCGAGCCCCCUCGGGGGCCAGGAUGAGGGGACCCCCGUGACCAACGUCAUGUUCCUCAAGACGCACAAGACGGCCAGCAGCACCGUGCUCAACACCCUCUUCCGCUUCGCCGAGACACACAACCUGGCGGUGGCGCUGCCGGCCGGCGGCCGCUUCUACCUGGGCUACCCCUGGCUCUUCCUGGCGCGCUACGUGGAGGCAGUUGAGCAGGGCAGCCCCGAGCGGCGCUUCAACAUCAUGUGCGACCACCUGAGGCUCAACCGGCGGGAGGUGCAGAAAGUCAUGCCCAGCGACACCUACUUUUCCAUCCUCAGAAACCCCGUCUUCCAGCUGGAGUCCUCCUUCAUCUACUACAAGGGCUACGUCCCCGCCUUCAGGGGCGUCGCCAGCCUGGAAGACUUCCUGGCGUCGUUGCGGACCUACUACAACCCGAGCCUGGGCUUGCGCCGCGCCUACGCCCGGAACAGCAUGUGGUUCGACGUUGGCUUCGACCACGACGUGCCGCCCAAGGAGGGCUACGUGCGCGCGCGCCUGGCCGACGUGGAGCCGCGCUUCCGGCUGGGGCUCAUCGCGGAGCACUUCGACGAGUCCACGGUGCUGCGCUGGCGGCUGGACGACGUGGUCGCCUGCAGGCUCAAUUUGCGCAGCCCGCGCAGCGUCGCCAGCCUGACGACCGCGGGCCAGGAGCGCGCUAAGCGCUGGCGCGUCCUGGACUGGCGCCUCUAACAGCACUUGGACCGCACCUUCUGGGCCCGGCUGCGCGCAGAGCCGGGCCCGCGGCGGCUGAGCUCCGAGGAGCGGCGGCGGGAGCGGCUGCGCGGGCUGGCGUCCCUGUGCUUGCAGGAUGGCGCGCCCAAGGGCAAGUCGCAGGUCACCGGCCGCCGGCGGCGCGCCUACCAAUCCGGCAGGGCCGACAUCCUGGGCUACAACCUCAGGCCGGGCCUGGACAACCAAACGCUGCACAUGUGUCAGAGGAUGGUCAUGCCCGAGCUCCAGUACGUGGCCCGCCUGUACACCCUGCAGUUCCCCGACCAGCCCCCCAAGAACGUCCACGUCCUGGAGGCCUGGAGGGAUGGCGCCGGGGACUCUGUCUAG